AUGGACGACCUUGAGUCCCUCGAAAUUCUUUCUUUGGUGCAGAGAGUAGCUUCUGAAUUACAGAACCAUCUUGGAAUCAGUGAUAAAACCCUCGCCGAGUUUGUUAUUGCGCAACAUGCAGAAUGCAGUUCUCUCGAAGAAUUUCAGAAGAAGCUCGAGGCGAUGGGCGCAGACUUUCCCCAAAGUUUAAUCGAAAGCGUGGAUCGCCUGGUAUUAACGAUGCACCCGAAGUUCAAAGGUGGCAAAGGUAGAAAUGGUGCGCCAGCUAGAAAUGAGAAUAAAGUCGGAGAGAAAACGAAAGUCUUUAAAGGUUUAGCAUUACCUGACAAGGAACCGACAUGGCAGGACGAUGAAGAAACUACAAAUGAUCACGCGAUAAAUGGAACUGAUGCGAUUGAUGAUACCCUUGCAUUGUUAGAAGGUUUAGCACCAAAGGCGCAAACGGAGAAAGUUGUGAGAACAAGCAGAAAACGAAGUAGGAGCCCAGACCAAGAUUGUGAUAGAGGACGAAGUCGCAAAGAUAGGCACCGAUCUAGAUCAAGGUCCAGAGAAGAGCCAAGGAGGCGGCGGAAGCACGAGUACGAGGAAGAGGAUGGAUUUGGGAGAAUGAGGAAGAGUCACAAAAGUAGCAGGAGGAAAAAAGAAGACGACGAUUAUUACAAACGACCCCUCACUCCUGAAAUUGAUGACGAGGUUAAUUUAUAUAAGAUUUAUGACGGUCAUGUCACUGGUGUGAAGGAUUUUGGAGCUUUUGUUAAUAUACACGGUGUAAAAGGAAAGGUCGAUGGACUUGUGCAUGUUUCUGCAUUAGUGGAAGGGCAACGGGUAAAUCAUCCAUCGGAUCUAGUUUCGCGGAACCAACCUGUAAAGGUCAAAGUCAUCAAAAUCGAGGGUAAUAGAAUUGGACUUUCAAUGAAGGAUGUUGACCAGGAGACUGGAGAGGAUUUGUCUUCUCAAGAUAGGAUACAAUCUGGAGCUAAUAGUGCUCCUCUUGGUGGUAAAAACGAGUAUGGUUUGAUUGAUGAGCCUGUACCGGUUUUCGAAGGAGAAAUGUCGCGGAAUUCGAGGAAGAACAAAAAGAGAAUGACAUCUCCUGAAAGAUGGGAGAUUCGACAAUUGAUCGCAUCCGGCGUGGUAAAAGCAUCGGAUUAUCCGGAUCUUGACGAGGAUUAUAAUGCGACAUUGAACGGUGAAGGGGAAAUGGAGCUCGAAGAAGAUGUUGAUAUUGAAAUACGAGAAGAAGAGCCUCCUUUCUUAACUGGACAAACGAAGCAGUCAUUAGAGUUAUCGCCCAUCAGAGUCGUGAAAGCUCCCGAUGGCUCGCUUAAUCGCGCUGCUAUGGCAGGCACAACUCUAGCCAAAGACCGGAGAGAGCUGAAACAGCAAGAAGCUCAAGACAAAGCUACGGAAGAUGGAGCAAAGGUUGAUCUUUCGGCACAAUGGAAUGACCCUAUGGUAAACCCGGACCAGAGACAGUUUGCCAGUGAUCUUAGAGCUGUCAAACAACAGCCACCUACCGACGUUGUACCAGCCUGGAAGAAAGCGACUCAGAGUAAGAAUGAACCUCUAGGUCGCCGCACGGAUAUGUCCAUCAAAGAUCAAAGAGAGUCACUUCCAGUGUUCAGGUUCCGGUCUGAGCUGAUUAAGGCUGUUCAUGAGAAUCAACUUUUGAUCGUAGUUGGUGACACUGGUUCAGGAAAGACGACACAAUUGACUCAGUAUUUGGCGGAGGCGGGCUUUGCUAACGAUGGUAUAAUUGGUUGUACUCAACCUCGUCGUGUUGCUGCUAUGUCAGUUGCAAAGCGUGUGGCGGAAGAAGUUGGGUGCGAGCUCGGUCAAGAGGUUGGAUACACUAUUCGAUUCGAAGAUUGUACUAGUCCAGCUACGAAAAUCAAGUACAUGACAGACGGAAUGUUGCAGAGAGAGGUAUUGAUGGACCCUGAUUUAAAACGAUAUUCGGUCAUCAUGUUGGAUGAGGCUCACGAACGUACCAUUUCUACAGAUGUUCUUUUUGCAUUACUGAAGAAAACUAUCAAACGUCGGCCAGAUCUGAAGAUUAUUGUCACAUCUGCUACUCUCGAUGCUGAUAAAUUUUCGUCGUAUUUUAACGAAUGUCCAAUCUUCUCUAUUCCUGGUCGUACAUUUCCUGUGGAGGUCAUGUACUCAAGAGAGCCAGAAUCUGAUUAUCUUGAUGCUGCUCUGGUUACGGUUAUGCAAAUUCAUUUGACAGAACCUCCAGGAGAUAUCCUUCUCUUCUUAACAGGUAGUGAGGAGAUUGACACUUCUUGCGAAAUCCUCUACGAACGUAUGAAAGCACUUGGCCCAAGUGUUCCCGAGUUAAUCAUUCUUCCUGUCUAUGCCUCGUUGCCCACGGAAUUGCAAAGUAAAAUCUUCGACCCUGCACCUCCUGGAGCUCGAAAGGUGGUGAUUGCUACCAAUAUCGCCGAAACUUCCAUUACUAUUGAUCACAUCUAUUAUGUUAUUGAUCCAGGAUUCGUCAAACAAAAUGCUUACGACCCAAAGCUUGGUAUGGAUUCGUUGAUAGUUACGCCCAUUUCUCAAGCUCAGGCCAAACAACGUGCUGGACGUGCUGGAAGAACAGGUCCUGGAAAAUGUUUCCGUCUUUACACUGAAGCCGCUUUUCAAUCCGAGAUGUUGCCUACUAGUAUACCAGAAAUUCAGAGGCAGAAUUUAUCUACGACUAUUUUGAUGUUGAAGGCUAUGGGCAUCAAUGAUUUAUUACAUUUUGACUUUAUGGAUCCACCACCGACAAAUACUAUGUUGACAGCCUUGGAAGAGUUAUAUGCACUUUCGGCGUUGGAUGAUGAAGGUCUUCUCACUCGUUUGGGUCGUAAGAUGGCUGAUUUUCCUAUGGAGCCAUCUCUCUCGAAAGUUCUUAUCGCAGCAGUUGAUCUCGGCUGCUCCGAUGAACUUCUUAGUAUUGUUGCUAUGAUUUCUAUCCCAACUAUCUUUUAUAGACCAAAGGAAAAGCAAGCUCAGGCCGAUCAAAAGAAAGCGAAAUUUCAUGAUCCUCACGGUGAUCAUCUUACCCUUUUGAAUGUCUACAAUAGUUGGAAGCAAAACAAAUUUGCGAGCACAUGGUGUUUCGAAAAUUUCAUUCAAGCACGGAGCAUGAAGCGUGCAAAGGAUGUACGCGAUCAACUGUUGAAGAUCAUGGAGCGAUACAAACAUCCUAUUGUAUCCUGCGGUCGUAACACAGAUAAAGUCCGACAAGCACUUUGCUCAGGAUUCUUCCGAAACUCUGCUCGAAAGGAUCCUCAGGAAGGAUACAAAACUCUAAUAGAAGGCACACCUGUGUACCUACAUCCUUCAUCCGCUCUCUUCGGCAAACAAGCCGAAUGGGUGAUCUAUCAUACCCUUGUCAUGACGACAAAAGAAUACAUGCAUUGCACAACAAGUAUUGAUCCUAAGUGGUUGGUGAGUGCAGCACCAAGUUUCUUCAAGGUGGCGGAUGCAGGGAAAUUGUCAAAGAGAAAGAAGGCAGAGAGAAUUCAACCUCUUUAUAAUAAAUUUGCUGCAGAGGAUGAUUGGAGAUUGAGUGCGCAAAAAAGGCAAGGAAGGGGAGGUGGAGGUGGAACUUGGGGUUGA